AUGAAGAAGAAUCACGAGGGGGAAGUCAAAGGACUGGAAGCCCAGAUUGCCAGCUCUGGAUUUACCGUGGAAGUGGAUGCCCCCAAAUCUCAGGACCUCAGCAAGAUCAUGGCUGACAUCCGGGCCCAGUAUGAGGAACUGGCUCAGAAGAACCGUGAGGAACUGGACAAGUACUGGUCCCAGCAGAUUGAAGAGAGCACCACAGUAGUCACCACCCAGUCUGCUGAAAUCAGAGAUGCUGAGACCACACUCACUGACCUGAGACGCACCUUUCAGGCCUUGGAGAUCGACCUGGAUGCCAUGAAAAAUCAGAAAAUCAGCUUGGAGAACAGCCUUAGGGAUGUGGAGACCUGA